UUGAGGCUAUGUCCAAACAGCUGUUUUUAAAUCUCAUUCCCACGCAUAAACAAUUGCAUCACGACCAUCUCGGCUGGUGUUAUCGUGAUGACGAUUUUCAAUUGUUUUAAUUAAUAUUUGUAUAUUUUUUAUAACAUAGAGUUGCAGUAAGAUUUUUGAUAAGUGCGCAAAUUAUUGGAAAGCAUGCAAAAUUCUCGACAUAGCAGUAGUUUGCUCAAGACGCUCGCGCGAAAUCUCAAUUUACGUGCAAUACCACCUAACUCAGCAUUGAAUGCAGUCGCCCUUUUUGCCAGUAAAUAUGUGCAUCUUAGCAGUUACAUGCAUGCACGGUAUAAGAAGACCGGUCCGCAACAUGUUUCCACACUUUUUAAACCAGUGCCAGUUCCGCGAAAUGCAGAUGAACAGGACGUGGGCGCCGAAAUGGUAGGCAAGUUGGAUAAGGCUGAACUCUUAAAAACUCUUAACAAAUUCACUCAAAAGAGGGAAAUCAAAGCGCUAUGUAUAGAAAGCGGUCUCGAUUCUUACCUACAACAACAAGCAUUUGCUUCAUUUCGGCGCUAUUGUAUUGAGGCGGAAAAUCUUCCCGUGGAUUUACACAUAACCAUUAGUGAUAUAUUGCAAAAUGCCGGCCACGUUGAUGACAUUUUUCCUUUUUUCCUGCGUCACGCAAAAACCAUAUUCCCUCAUUUAGAGUGCAUGGACGAUUUGAAGAAAAUCUCUGACUUGCGCACACCUGCUAACUGGUAUCCAAGUGCACGUGCAAUAACGCGCAAAAUUGUAUUUCACGCUGGGCCGACCAAUUCAGGGAAAACUUAUCAUGCUAUGGAGCGCUUUCUAACUGCCAAGUCAGGAGUGUAUUGCGGGCCAUUGAAGCUGUUAGCCACGGAAGUGUUCAACAAAUCAAACGAAAGGGGUACGGCGUGUGACCUGGUCACGGGUGAAGAACGUAAAUUUGGUAUCAACGAAGAGACUCCGGCAAGUCAUGUGGCUUGUACAGUUGAAAUGACUUCUGUGAAUACACCUUACGAAGUCGCUGUUAUCGAUGAAAUACAACAGUUGCGUGACCCACAACGUGGUUGGGCGUGGACUCGUGCCUUUCUAGGUCUCAUUGCUGACGAAGUGCACGUGUGCGGUGAAGCCGGUGCUUUGGAACUAUUACAGAAAAUUUGUGAAACUACGAAUGAGACUGUAGAAGUGCAUAGCUACGAAAGACUUACAGAACUGACCAUUGAAGACUCGGCUUUAGUAAGUUUAGAUAACAUCCAGCCCGGAGAUUGCAUCGUGUGUUUCAGUAAAAACGAUAUUUAUUCCGUAUCGCGCGAGAUCGAGGCAAGAGGCAAAGAAGUUGCAGUCAUCUAUGGAGGACUGCCGCCAGGAACCAAGUUAGCACAAGCAGCAAAGUUCAAUGACCCUGAUAAUAGCUGCAAAGUAAUGGUCGCCACAGAUGCCAUUGGCAUGGGACUUAAUUUGAGCAUACGACGCAUCAUCUUCUACUCAAUAAUGAAACCCUCAAUGAACGAAAAAGGUGAACGUGAAAUUGAUACAAUAUCUGUGUCAUCAGCGCUGCAGAUAGCUGGUCGCGCUGGACGUUAUCGUACUCAAUGGGAACAUGGCUAUGUCACGACCUUCAAAGCGGAUGAUCUGCAGACCUUACGUAAACUCUUGGAUCAAAAACCCGAACCACUAAAGCAAGCUGGCUUGCACCCUACCGCCGAUCAAAUUGAGCUUUAUGCUUAUCAUCUACCAAAUUCGACGCUUAGCAAUCUUAUGGAUAUCUUUGUAAAUUUAUGCACUGUUGACGAUUCAUUGUACUUUAUGUGCAAUAUUGAGGAUUUUAAAUUUUUAGCUGAGAUGAUUGAACACGUUCCACUGGCACUUCGCGCGCGCUACGUAUUCUGUUGUGCACCUAUUAAUAAGAAAAUGCCUUUCGUAUGUUCUAUGUUCCUAAAGAUUGCCAGACAAUAUAGCCGCAAUGAACCAAUCACCUUCGAAUUCAUCACCUGUAAUUGUGGUUGGCCUUUCGCUUUGCCAAAAACUAUCAUUGAUCUUAUGCACCUGGAAUCCGUAUUUGAUGUAAUGGAUUUAUAUUUAUGGCUGAGUUACCGUUUUAUGGAUCUAUUCCCAGAUGCAGCAGCAGUAAGAGUAGCGCAAAAAGAAUUAGAUGAUAUAAUACAGCAAGGUGUUUUUCAAAUAACGAGGUUGCUUAAAAACUCAGAGGCAAGUCAGAGUGCCGCCGACGGCGAUAUAACUUAUAACUUACGACGUGCAACACAAAUGCGAGAGCCACGCAUUCCAAGUGCGUCACGCGGUCGCCUCACUGAGCGCUUAUUAGCUCAAGGCUUGUUAACGCCCGGCAUGAUUAGCGAAUUGCGGAAGGAGUGGGAUGCACAACAACAGUCGCUAGCACAGCCCACAGGUGAUAUUUCAUCCGACGAGGAUGACGAAGGAAAUAACAAUGCAUACAAGAAAAUGCGACGAAAACGCCGCAAGUGAAAUGGAGUAAAUAAUAUACAAAUUAACGCAGUUGUUUUAGCAAUCCCGUGCAUCAAAAUUGUACAGUUUUUAUUCGUUGUAAAAUUUGGGGACAUAUUUGCAGGCGCUGACCAAAUUCGUAAUAGAUAAAUUUGUUUUAUAGUAAAUAUAUAUGUAUGUAUAUUUAGAUACAUAAAAGAUAUAUAUGUACGUAC